AUGCCAGCCCCACCCAAUCCGGUGACCAUCGCCGUUAUCGGUUGCGGUCAACGAGGCAAAGCGUACGCGGAAUACGCUCUCCGUGCUCCUGAACACUGCAAAGUCGUGGCGAUAGCCGAGCCCCGUCCGAAGACUCAAAGGAACUUCGCUCAGGCACACCACGUCGAUGGAACUCUUGUCUUCAAGACGUGGCGAGAUCUUCAUGCGGCGUCUGAAGAAACUAUCAACGCGAUCGGCAAGCGCCUUGCAGAUGCCGUCGUCAUUGCUGUUCAGGAUCAGAUGCACAAGGAGGUUGUUGUCGCAUUCGCUGCUCAAGGUUAUCAUAUCCUGUGUGAAAAGCCGAUGGCGACGUCUCUGCAAGACAUUCUGGAAAUGGAGCAGGCUGUCACGAAAUCCGGGAAGAUAUUUGGCAUGGGUCAUGUGAUGCGUUACUCACCGUACAGUAACGAAAUAACGGAAUACAUCCGCUCUGGCACGUUGGGAAAGCUUGUUAACAUUGUUCAAGUUGAACCUGUCGGGUACUAUCAUUUUGCGCAUUCUGCGUUCUCCUAUCUAUUAUUCCCAUCUGAAUGUCGACACAUUCGCAGUGAUAUUGACCUGUUAUCGUUCUGGAUGUCCCCCCAAACUCCGACCCGGAUCUCGUCCUUCGGCUCGCUAACGCAUUUCCGCAAAUCUUCCAAGCCCUCAGAAGCUGGCUCCGCGACCCGAUGUCUCGACUGUCCCAUGGAAAGAGAUUUAUACCUGGAUGCUGUGUCUCGCGGAAGGACAGGAUGGCCUGUUUCUCCGCUGGUUGACGGUGUUCCCGAUAUCGAAAAUGUGACCGAGGCAUUGCAGACUGGCCCUUACGGGAAAUGUGUGUAUGAAUCGGCCAACGACGUCUGCGACCACCAAGUGGUCAACAUGGAGUUCUCCGACGGCAGCACCGUCUCAUUCACUAUGGUCGCCUAUACGUCGCUGAUCUGCGACCGACAAGUCCGUCUUCACUUCACGAAUGGCGAGAUCGUUGGCGACAUGAGGACUUUCACCGUCCACGACUUCCGCACAGGAACACGAGUCACGCGGACUCCACGUGAUGAAGGCGGAGGACAUGGGGGCGGUGAUCUCGGACUCAUCCGCGCGUUUGUUCGUGCUGUCAGAACGGGUCAACAGAACGCGCUGGGAACAAAUCUAGCUGAGGUAGUCAAGAGUCACAUGACCGUGUUUGCUGCCGAAACAAGCCGACGGGAAGGUCGUGUCAUCGAUUGUGCAGAAUUCGAACGUCAAGUCCGCGAGAAAAGUCGCAACGAGCAAGCAUGA